CUUUCGCUAAAAUGUGGGAGGGGAAUAUGUCAAUUGUUUUCUAAAAACCCAAUCAGCUGAGAGAGGCGUCUGUGUAAACUAACCCAUCGAGAAACUUGUCAGCUUUAGGGAAACACUAAGUGGAACAGUCGGUUGUUUGUGCCUCUACUUUAGGACCUGAUGUGCGCCUUCUCUGUAAAUUUGCGGCGGGAGAUCAACAAGAAGCGCUUUCAUUCUCUUCUUCCGCAAUGCACCCCACUGAUCGAUCAGUGCGAGUACUUCAAUAUGCUAUUGAACAGUGUAAAAGAGAAGAACUGCGGUUACAAGAAAGCAUUCGCCAGUGCAGGAAGUUGUUGCAGCCACGGCCUGCAGAUUUCCAAAAUACCCAGAAGGAGGAGCCUCAUCCUGUCAUUCAAAAAGAACCCACUGUGCGCUCUGAAGAACAGAAAGAUCUGGAGGUACUAGAGAAAAUAUUGGAGAAAGCCAACAGGAUUCGAAGCACAGUAGCCCAUUUGGAGCCAUCAGUAUAUGCAAAGUUUAAUUCAGAGAAGGGCAACUGUGACAAGGGAAGUAACCAACAAGUUUCUUCAAAUCCAAAAAGUCGUGUAGAUAUUACUUUGGGUGGCAAGAAGAUAUCGUCCUCAACAGUUGCACCUAAAUACCUUGCACGGGACUCUAAGAGUUUGAGACCUGCUUCAAGCAGACAUCUUUCAAGCUGUAAGGAUAAAAAUGUCCGGAGGGAUUCUCCAUCUGCAUUGCAGAAGGGUGUAAAGCCUGCUGCAAGUCAUAAGACUCCUGGGCUUACUACUAAAUUAUCUAAUGAGGCAAAUGUCAUAAAUGAACAACAGCAGAAUUUCCGUAAGAAUGAGUGCCAUCCAGAGGACAGAAAGGCCAACAUAGAGAGUGGACAAGAAAGGCAGGUCAUCCCUCUGCAUGAUGAAUGGAAAUCCCUACGACUUCCACUGGCCUGGACCAAACGCCAUCAGAAACAUUCAAGGCUUUCGGAAAAGGUGUCCUCUUUUCUGAGUAGACCAGUUCCAGAGAGAACCCAGUUUAUUCUGAAAAUGCAAGAAAUGUUCCCCACUAAUGGACCAUCAGACUGUCCUAUGCCCUUGAAGAGAGAUUUUGUUGAGUCCACAGAUCAAAUGCAUUGUCCAGAAUCUAGGCUGAAACCUGAGUGCAGAGUGACAGAAAUGCACGAUUUUAAUGGUGCUGCAAGACUCCCUGGGAAGAUGGCAGCUGUCUUGCAUUACUCAAGCUUAAAAGAGCUUAAGGAAAUGGAGACACUGAAACUUCGAGUGGCUAUGCUUCAGCAACAGAUCAAUAUUCAGACGAUAAUGGCUGAAGACAUCCUUUCCAAUCUGCUAUCUGUGAUCUCUCCAGGAAAGCCUCUGCCAGUUGUUACCCGUGGAUUGUAUUCCCUCCUGGCUGAAGGUGGGCUACACUUUCCUUCCUUGAUUCUGGAUGUUGUCUCUGACUGAGAAAUCUCAGUAUCCGUUCUACUCCUUAAGUGUCUUACAAGUCUUUACAGAUCAUUAUUGUUUGUAUUGUUCAGAUGUGAAAUAAAACAAUAGUGUUAUCUGCAAGGCCCAGGACAAUCAGCCCUGUACCUUACCAACAGAGCCACUCUGCAGAUAUUUAACAACUGUCCAUUAUUUGUACAUUCCUCAAGUGGUGUUUCCCACUUAGCAUUUCUAAGCCACAAUUGUAGCAUUGGCUAAGGCGGCGAUGCAUAAGUCAGCCUGCUGGGAGAAGAGGCACCGUGCUGUGCAGGUGAGUGAGUGAGAGCGCAUUCCAUGAGAAUUCUUGCUGUGAAGAAUGAGGUGCCAUUUACUCACCAAAGCCUUUUUGUGUUAGGAGCAGGAAUUAUAAUGUAGGAUCAGAGGCUUGUCGAAUGUGUGCUAAACUGGGCUGAAGUAAGAACUUAUUUGGUUCUCUGUUUUUAAGAGACAAAAAACACUGCACAAUUAGCAGGGAUGGAAGCAUUUUUGUUUGCAAAAUGUACAAAUUACUACUCCUUGUGGGAUUACCUGACUUUCUCCUUGACUGACCUGCUAGACGCUACUGGAGCAUGCAAACUGCUGGGCUGCUCUUCCUAGUGAGAAGCUCAUCAGCUGACUUGUGCUGGAGUGUGAUGAAUUCUGCUUGGGCCUCCAUCCAGGAUUUCGCGACAGUUCGCUGAUGUUCCCAUAGAAACUGAUCAAAAGCACUAAACACCCCCCACCCCUCCCCGUCCAUCAAGCUGAGAUUCUAACCCAUAAUGGAAUAGAAACUGUUUUUUAUCUUUGUUGCUUACAUGUUGCACUUUAAUAUUUUAAGGAAUGAAAUAAACUGUGGAGUGUUUGAACUACUAUUAUAUUAAAAGGAAUUGCUUGAAAA